AUGACGAGAGUCCAAGGGCCAGACCGAGAAAAACUAGAGGAAACCAGAAGGAUAUCGCCUGAACGCCGUUCACACAAUGAGGCACCCUCUCAGAAGAUGGCAUGGCCUCGGUGGGAGAAGAAAGGCAAGGAGCGGAGCAGUGUCGCGCUCGCUUGCUCAUGGGUAGUCGACCACCAGAUCGGUAUAUCUUUGAACCUCAUAUCCAUGCUCUUUUUCAUACACAUAUUCUUCCCUGCGGCACGACACCACACCCAGAAGUUCUUCCGCAUAUCCUACUAUAACCCCAACACCGGCACCUUUGCCCUCGGGUGGGACGAUAUAUUCUUUGUGUUCUACUGGCUCAUUGUCUUCACUGGUCUACGAUGCGCCGUGAUGGACUACAUUCUGACGCCGUUGGCGUCCAUGUUGGGUCUGAGAAAGAGAAAACCAAGGGCUCGCUUCGCAGAACAGGCCUGGGUGGUCGUGUACUCCUCGACGUCCUGGUGCGUAGGGAUGUACAUUAUGUACAACUCCGACUAUUGGCUUGACCUGCACGCCCUCUGGCGCAACUGGCCAAACCGCGAAAUGGAGGGCAUUGCGAAGUGGUACUACCUGGUGCAAUUUGGAUUCUGGUUGCAACAAAUCGUCGUGGUCAACAUCGAGGAGCGGAGGAAGGAUCACUGGCAGAUGUUCAGCCACCACAUUGUCACCUGUGCUCUUAUCUUCACGUCUUACGGUUACCACCAAUACCGCGUCGGGACCGUCAUUCUGUGUCUCAUGGACAUUGUGGACAUUACGCUAUCCUUUGCGAAGAUAUUAAAGUAUUUGCAUUUCGAAACGGCCUGUGACGUUGCGUUUGGCACAUUCAUGGUGCUCUGGUUCAUCAACCGCCACAUUCUCUACAUCUGGGUGUGCUGGAGUAUCUACGCACACAUUCCUGAAGAGAUCAAGUAUGGCUGCUACAAGGGCAGCGUAGAGCAUCUUCAGGGACCGUUUCCCACGCCGAACGACUGGGACCACUUGACACAACCAUUCCGCGAUCCAGUGGGACUGGUUUGUUGGAACAACAACAUCAAGUGGACAUUUUUGGGCAUGCUGCUCGCUUUGCAGGGCAUCAUGCUCUUCUGGUUCUCGUUGAUAUGCAAAGUGGCCUACAAGGUCAUCACUGGCCAGGGCGCAGAGGAUAACAGGUCCGACGAGGAAGACGAGGGCGAAGAUGACGAUCAGGACUUCGAGGACGAGAAGAGGUUCGCGAACCAGGGUGGUAUCGGCCAGAUCCAACUGUGUCACGAGCCACGACCAUUUCUCGAGACCGAGGUGUUGAGCACCGACCCGAACUUCUCGCUCUCCAAUCACAGCCAUUCCAAACCCAAGUCAAAAUCAAAGGGGCACACGUCUCCUGCACGCAGAACGAGCUCCGAAACCGUUUCCGGCGGUCGCAGAAAAGCAAAGCACGAAUCCGGCCAUUCGUCCAGCGUGAAUUUACUGGCUGGGAGCAGCGAUAGAAAAGAGCUCUUGGGCAGAAUCGGUUGCGACAAGGGCUCUGGUACGGAUUGA